AUGGCAAUAGUGGGUGAAAUUCAACGUGCCAUGGCUAGAGUAUGGCUAUGGGAUGGAAGAUCUAAGGCUCCAUCUAGGCUUCUCGAUGGUAUGGCGGAGUAUGUCGCUGAGUUAGCCGGAUUCCGUCGUGAGAGGCUCUCCGGUGGAGUUGAUGAGUUGCCGGAAUGUGGUUUAUGGUGGGAGGAUAAGGACCCUACGUAUGUUGCACGUUUGUUGAAUUAUUGUGAAAAUAAUGAGAAGGGGUUCAUCCGACGGUUAAAUGAGGCUAUGAGAGACACGUGGCAUGAUCGUGUAGUGGAUGGUUUGUUGGGAUUGAAUGGCUCUAAGCUACUAUGUGGAUUGUAUAAUGCUUCUUCUCUGUAG